CUUUCAGCUGCGCUCCUGCUGCCCGGCUUCAGUCUUGAUUUUAACAUAACUAAAAUUGACCAUCUUGGACUGAUUUCAUGACCUAACAACAUUGGCGCUCCAGAGCAAAACAUCUAGUGAAGAACUUGGGCCAUGAUCCGGUGUCAGGCUGGAUUUUACAAACAUGUAAUAACCCCUAAACAGUUUGGUGCCACUGGAAACAAGCUGCUUCAAUCUCUAGCAUAGUUAAUUGUUUCAAUAGAGUUUCAAGGCACUUUCCCCCCUCCCUUCUCCUUCUCAGUCUUGGAGUUCAGAGUACUGUAUCGCUAUUUGUGUUCACUUAAAGUAGAUCAAUUUAUUAAUCAUUUUGCUGUUGGGCAAUGAUUUCAUAAUCAUUCCAGUGGUGAUUUGGGGGUAAAGCUGUAGUACUUCCUGUGUUUUCUUACGCCAUUGUGUCCUUUAGAUUUGCAUCCCACUGAAGCUUGCUCUAAAUAUCCAUUAAUUGCUAAGCUAAAAUGCCAGGAUGAAGGUGCUUCACAUAGUCUUAAACACAGUCUCUGCUCUCUGUUCCUAACGUUGUGCUGCUGGACACAGGGAACUGGGGCUCUUUCAAAGUCUGAUUGCUGUUUGAUAUAAAGGAAAGUUUCUAAUUCGAAUUUCUAAUAGCUCUAUCUUCAACUGGAGGCAAACAAAGCUGAAAAUGAUUUGAGAGGAGUUUCACUUUCCAUUGCGUUUGUGUACUUGCUGUAAGUCUUCUUGUUGCUGCCUCUGGACAAACAUGACUUAAGGGUUUUUGAGACCGUACCAAAGUCAUUUAAUAGAAGGUGAUUGUGGGGGUGAGCAUACAGGAUUCUGAGUGUGAGCCUUCUUUCAAGCUACCUUUAAAAUUUCUGGAACAUCCAUCUGUCUUCAGUCUUAUUUAUCAAGUCCACUACCUGAUCCCCUUACAACAGUUUUCCUUUAGACUGCCAUGGCUCACCUUUCUCAUUUUUUCAAACUCAUAUUAUGUUGUUAGAAGACUUGCAGAAGGUUGUCCUUCAGUCCUGUUUAACUGUGUCAAAACCAGUGGAUCCGGCCAAUUAAAGUGAGUUCCACGUGGCUUUGUGAUAGGCAUAUAUAAUGCACCAAGCCGCCACAAGCCCAGAAGUACCUGCUUCGCUUUGCAUGGUGGCCAAACCACAUCCUAGCUCUGGCUCUUUGGCUCAAUUCAGCUCCCAGGGACUUGAAUAUGUGAGUCGUGGAGCAUCUUUCCCCGCCCCCUCACUAAAAUCAACACAGCUUUUUUUUUCAUUUGGAGCUAGUGAGAAUGAAGCGAGAGAUGAAAAAUGGGCAAUGAACUUUUUAAAAGUCCAUUGGCACUGGCUUACAUGAAGAAUGUUCACUGCCAAUGCAUAUGAAACUUUUGCACCAUUUUUCUAUGCUUAAAUGUGUUGCCAGCCAAUUAAAUUAGUGUUUUCAUUUUUACUUUAAGUGAUGCUAGCUUUCCCAAGCAUCUUCAUGAGCCUGCCCAUUUUGCUCUCAGAUUGCAUUCAGGGAGCUGGCUGUGUUAGGAACUCCUGUCGUUAACCUGCUCAUUAUUGCCCAAUCAUCAGACCACUUGUGCAGAGUCAGGGAGGAUCUGUACAGCUUCCCGUGGUACGGAGAGCUUUGCGGGCUGCCGUUUUGAUUACCUGGGAGAUGCAAUUUGGGGCUAAUGCGACCUGAGGAAGGUUGGUAGCUUGCUGGUUGGACUUCCAAGCUUCUUACUAAAUCAUGCCAAGCCACAGGCUUGCACCCGGAAACUUGCUUUGAGUGCUGAUUCUCCAUCCCUUUCCCAACACAGGAGUGAUCCUGGGAGGCUUUCACGUGUCUGAAAAUGUAUCAUGGAUGCACUGAUUAGAUAUAACUGCUGUGGAAAAGGCACACUGCUCUCAGAGCUACUAAGAACCAGAUGUUACGUUUUCAGACACCAAAGUGCCAAGUCCUGAUGUGUUCAGGAAAACUGUCGCUUGGGAAACUGGUCUUAAUUUAUUCUACAUUCCAGAUGAGCUCCAAAUCCCCUCUGCAGCAGCUGCUGUUGAAGUGAUAAAAAUAAAUAAAUAGUUGUUUGGUGCAAUGAGCAAUGCAGUCAUCCUUUGUUUGGGGAGCCAAGGGGCAUUGUACCUACGAAUGCUAAAUAAAUUUCACAGGCUGUGUAUGUAUGAAUCUGUUGUUUUUAUCUGUAUAUACAUGUAUAUAUAAAACACUUACGUAAACAUCCUUGUAGCACUUGUGGGUAGAUUUCUGCCAUUUCUGAUGUUACCAAGCGCUUUUUCUUUCAGCUUAGUAGCUUCCAAACACCCUCCUUUUCUUUUAGCCCUCACAGUAGUCAAUAAAAUGUGAUGCUCCAUAACAUUUCAUUGCAUAGUAGCCUAUCAUGAGAGCACCCCGCCCAAGCUUAUUCAAUGGCAGAGUUUCACAUUAUGUUCUCAGUGAUGUGGUGGUGUUGCUGGGGGGGUCUGCUGUUCGAUCAGCAACCCUUGUGACAGUUUUUACCUACGUUGCAGGUGGAGGUGGGAACUGUGCCCUGAUUCUAGGAGCCUCCUGCAGCAAUUGGGGCUCCUGCAAACAAACACAUCAAGAAUGGACAGCGAAUGCCUGUCCUUAAAAAAACCAAAACCCUGAACAUGUCGGCUUGAUUCAAAGAGAAGGCAGCAAUAUCCUGAGAGGCAAAGAGUUCUUUCUGGGAUGGUUGUCGUGGGUUGAAGUGGAGGGGAAGGUGGCUUCUGAAAUAGUUGCAAGGCAUGGCUCUAAGCUCUUUCUAGCGGCAGCGUAUUUAACAAAGUGGGGCAUAGCAUGGGAAAUUGUAGGAUGAGUGCUUGCAUUGCUGUGGUUCUUUUCUGUUGGUAAUUCAGCUUUGACUGUUAAGGAGAUGAGUCGAUGUGAUUGUCUAAAGCAGGGGUUGGCCACCUGCAGCCCCUGGGCCACAAGCAGCCCACGGGGUCCUUUAAAUGGCCCACGAGCCGCCCCUGAACCAAGCCGCCCACUCAGCAAGUCUCCGCGCACUGUGCUAAACCGGCACAGUGCGGAGUGGGGACUCGCUUCCGUGGUGCCGGAAAUCACAUCUGCGCAGACACAAAUGCUGGAAAUCGCAUCUGCGCAGACGCGAUCCAGCCCAUGGAGUGAUCUCCGCAGGAGUGAACCGGCCCAAGCGAGGUAAACCUUGCUGACCCCUGAUCUAAAGACCCCAAAACUAGGCAUGACAGAGCCAGCCUCCCCCCUUCCCUGUUGGAAGAAGAAGACAGGGACCCUUCCUGUCUUUCCAUUGUUUCUUUACCUCGCCCCGCAGUCCCGUUGCCUAAUUCUUAGACUCUAAUCUGUAGGCCAACAAUAACACUUGACAUUUGAUUUUUGGUAUUUUGCUGGAGGCAAGCCAACCCAAAUUGUUUAAUUGCACAGCGCAAGACCUGCAGCUUAUUUUCGUUUCGGUGUUUUGACUCAGCGAUCUUAUUUUCCUUUUUGGUACGCCUGUGUGUUGUGUGUCGAUGGGUGGGCUGUGUGUGUAUGUAAUGAACCUGGAGAUUUGCCAAGCUGCAAAAGCUGUAGAAAUUGCGUUUUCCACAUUAGUCCUGUGUGUGUGCGUGUGUGUGUUGCGUCGUUCAGCUACUGCUGGUGUUCUAUUAAUUUUUGUAUCAUCCCCUCCUGCUGCCCCAUCUCCUCUAUUGGGGAACAUGGUAUGUGUUUUUUGUUUUGUGUAGCUAUCUCUCUAUUCAAGGCAGCCUCUUCUUGCAUAUGAGUAAAAAAAGUUAGGAUGAACUGUGGCCCAGUCAGCCAUUGCUCCUUUCAUGCCGUUCCUUUCAGUGAAGGUUUGAAAGCCCCAUUGAAAUGAACCAUGGCUCCAGAAAGCAAAGUUUGGUAGAUUCCAUCAUUCACUUGUUGAUUUUUAGUAAGAUUUGUUGUGGCCUCUCCUGAAGUCUGUGUGACCUGAUGAAGAUGUAUCAAGAGUCUCAUAUUGCACUUGUACUUGCUGGAGAAAAGGGGAAAUCCAGAUUUUUUUUUUUAAAUUAAGAAAAAUGUUAGUUGUAAAGAACAAUCAAAAAGUAUAAAUGCAUUUGAAAAGCAAUUAUAUAUAUAUACAUAUACAUAGAAAAUAUAUAUAUAUAUUUUGUUAUGUUACUUAAAGGGUCAUCCUUUAAAUUGUAUGUAAGUAGCUGUGGCUGUCCGAACUUUGUGGAUUGUUAACACUCGCAAAUACUGAGCUCCUGUACAUACCUACAGUUCAAGCAGAAGGAAUUUAUUUUAUGUUUUAGCAUGUAAUUUAUGUAUUGUAUGUCUGAAUAGGAACAUAAAAUUGAAAAAAUAAAGACUGCUAAAUUAUCAGAAACCAAGGUUGUAAAAUAAAUGUUUUCAAGGCAAAAAAACCACCCGAAGUGUUCUCUUGAUCUGUUUUUUUUUUUAAAUGUUUAUUUUAAGGCUGGAUUAGGGUCUUUUCUGCCAUUAACCAAAAUGCUGUGACUUAAAGGAGGAAGAAAUCAAGCAUGGAAGCCACCUUCCUUGGGUUUUUAUCCUGAGCAACUGUGAUGAUAAUCAUAAUUUAUUAUUUAUACCCCACCUAUCUGCGGCAGCCUUUGGACUCAAAGCUAUCUUGUGUAGAGCGGCCACAGAAAUUUCUGAGGAAUUCUGAGGAGAAGUGGAAGUUUUCAAAAAGACCAGCCCAUUUCCUUUUCCUCUAAGGGGCUCAUAUGGUUACAACAACCCUGUGACGCUGGUUAGGCCAAGAGGCAGUGACUGGCCCAAGGUCACCCAGUGAGCUUCAUGACUGAGUGGGGAUUCAAACCCUGGUCGUCUCCCAGAUCCUAGUCUGACACACUAUCUAGACACUAUCCCACCAGAGAUAAUAGCCACUGACUGCAUUCUGUAUUAGCUGCUGUUUCCAUGCAGUCUUCAAAGGGAGCCUUGUGUAUUGCCCCCAUCCCAACCAAAAUUUGCUCCAUAAGGUUCUUCCUUAUCUAUUUUCAAAGGAAGGGGUGGAGGUUUUAGCACUAUGUUCUCAUUUCUGGUUCUUUAUAGUGUUGUGAAGAUGGUGCUUUAUGCAGGAAAAUGCUCACAAGGCAGGUCCCUGCCCCCAAGCAGAUUACAAUUAAAAGUUUAAAUGAAACCAUAUAUCCUUCUUGUUUGGCGAUCACUCAUAGCCGAGUAAGAUUGUCAUCCAUAAACAUGGUUUUAACAAUGAGUCCGUAAGUGACUGUGGAGGCCAAUACUGGAUCCACACGUCCUUCCACAGUGGGGACAUUGAUUUCCGGGCAGGAGUUGAUCACGGUGUGGAUUUGCCAAGCGUGCCUUCCUCCUAGCACGUUUCUCCCUUGGGUCCUGAGUUCGAGUGUCUCCAAAGCCCAUGACACCUUUGGUAAAGGCUGCUCUCCAACUGGAGCGCUUGCAGGCCAGUGUUUCCCAGUUGUCAGUGUUUAUACUACAUUUUUUUAGAUUUGCCUUGAGACAGACUUUAAACCUCUUUUGUUGACCACCGGCAUUACGCUUUCCAUAUCCUAAAGACGCCACCGUCUCUGCUGGCCUUCAUUCCUAAGGAAACCAAGUGCUGAAACCCCUGGAAUCUCUCGCUGCUCGGAGAUUGGGGUUGCACGUAACAGUAUCUUCGAUGCACGACGCCUGUGUCUGAGCAGGGAUGCUGAGGCAGAAUAAAAAGGCAAACUGUUCCCUGACGGCAGGAGCAUGAGAGGCUCCACCAUCACAUUCCUGGAGCAUUUGAGCUGAUCUUUUGCGGACCUUGGGGAAAUCAGAGCAAACAGCUGCCUUCCACAUGGAGCCGUUGGCAGUCAUGAGUCGUUCCCCUUGCCCUUUCUCACCGCCGCACUCCAGGACUGGCGCGAGGGCACACGGGGAGCCCCGUCCAGAUCGGCACUUGCCUCUUCCCUUGUCAUGUCGACCCACAUGGACUACAACUCCUGCCCUAGAGAUUGCCCCACCAUGGAUAGCCUGGAAAGGCAGCUGAUUUGCCCCAUCUGUUUGGAGAUGUUUACCAAGCCGGUGGUCAUCCUGCCCUGCCAGCACAACCUGUGCAGGAAAUGUGCCAACGACAUCUUUCAGUCUCGAGGAACGACCUUGGGCUCUGCAGGGAGGUUUCGCUGCCCGUCCUGCCGCCAUGAAGUGGUCCUCGACAGACAUGGCAUCUACGGACUGCAAAGGAACCUUCUGGUUGAAAACAUCAUUGAUAUUUAUAAGCAAGCAUCAGCCAGGGGGCCAGAGAGACCCCCUUUAAAAACCGAGCACCCGAUUUGCGAAGAGCAUGAAGAAGAAAGGAUCAACAUCUAUUGCGUGACCUGCGGGGUCCCCACCUGCUCCCUCUGCAAGGUCUUCGGGGAGCACAAGGACUGCGAAGUGGCGCCUCUCUCUGACAUCUAUAUGCAACAAAAGGCAGAGCUGACUGGUGGAAUUGGUGCCCUUGUGGCUGCGAACGACAGGAUCCAAGCCUACGUUGGGGAUUUGCAAGGCUCCUGCAGGAACGUUGAGCACAACUGCAAAGCCCAGAAGCAGGCCCUGUGCGAGAAGUUUGACCGCAUGUGCGCCAUUUUGGAAGAGAGGCGGAAGAUCAUGUUGCAGAGGAUCACCUACGAGCAGGAGGAAAAGAUCCAGCACCUGAAAUCCAUCUGCAAAACAUGUGGCGACCAUAUUGACUCUUCUUCCAAACUGGUGGACACAGCCUUGCAGUCCAUGGAGGAGCCGCAGAUGGCUGUAUUUGUGCAGAACGCCAAAGUUCUCAUCCAGAAGAUUUCUGAGAUGUCCCAGAGCUGCAAACCUGAGAAGCUGGAGUCAGGCUAUGACAACAUGGAUCACUACACAGUCGACUUCAAUGCGGAAGAACGACUUCUCUACCAGCUGGAUUUUAUCAAAGUUGAAGAAGAGUCUGAGCCAAUGGCGGAAGAAGAUGGCGCCUCUGCCGAGGCUGAAGAUGCUUUGGCGGAGUACGGGGCAGCAGCUGGCGAGGGACGAGAGGACCCUGAGGACUUCUUUGCUCCUGGAAAGGAAGAGCAGGCUCAAGGAAGGGCCCCAACAACAAACGAGGCUCUGAGCAGUGGGGUGAAAGUGACGCCGCAGGCUGGGACAGAAGGCCUGGCUGGCAAAGAGGACAAUUUAUGGGGUGGCCAGCAGCUGGAUGCGGAGCUCCUUGUGACCGGCUCCAGUCCCCCAGCAACCUUGCCAGAAUGCGAUUUACAGGGUAAUGUUCUCAGCCAAGACAUGGGGCAGCCCAAAGUGGAGGUAGCCUCUGGCGAAGCCUUCAGCACCACGGACAGCUCAGCAGAGAGCGAGGAGAGCAGAGGCCUGGGCAAUGGUAGGGAAUGCGAAACUGGUCACGCCCAUCUUCUGAACGGGAUGGCACCUGCCACCAGCCAGGCUCCUGAAUCCAGUCCCACCACUGAGAGAUGGAGCGAGGAGAUUACUGAACCUCUCCUCAGCAGCUUCUUCAACCCGACAACCCUUUGGCUACAUGAUUAAGGAGAGUUAGUGCAGAGGUCCAACUGCACCCUUCAAGAGAAUCUGUCGCUCAGCACACCCGUUGGCCUAACCUACUUCAUGAUCAGCAAGGAGGGAGACGUGCCAGUGCAGAGCUCAAGCAAGUGAGCCAGACCACAUACUCAAGAGGACAGCACCCGCUUGGCACUCCUCAGCUUUCCCAUUUCCUCUCCUUUGACUGCCACCCCCCAACCACAUUCUCACCUUAUUUCUCUCCCACUUUGGUGCUUUCCAAAGAGGAUUAUUAAAAUCAGGAUGGUGCAAA